CGCGCCUCCGAGCUCUGCGCGCACGCCCAUCGGGCAGCUCGGCUCAGUUAACCCGCGGGCGCCAGACGCUCUGCUCCGGCUGGCGGGCGCAGCCGCGGCGGCGCGGGCCUGACUAGCUGACACUCCCCCUGCGCGCCCCUCCCCCGCCGCGGCGAAAUCCCGCCCGCCCGCGCGCGAGCCCGAGGCUUCUUCCCCGGCACCAGCGUCCAGGAGUCCCGCUGCGGCGACUGCGCGGCCCUGGGCGCGCCGGGGUCGCCUUCGGGUCGGAGCGGAGACCGCAGUCCGAGCGGCGCGGUGGCCUCCUCCGCGAGUGAAGCCUGCGACGCUUCUCAGCGAGGCUUCUCAUCGAUUCCCACCCGAGAGCCUCCUCCGCGAGCCCCGGCGACGGCCGCACAGGCAGCGCGGAGGGAUGAGCAGCAGCAGCGCGGCGCCCGGCCAGGGCUCGGGGUCCUCCCCAGCCGCUUGUCGCUUCGCGCACUACUUCGUGCUGUGCGGAAUCGAUGCGGACAGCGGACUGGAGCCCGACGAGCUGGCGGUUUUGUCCCAAUGGCUAGAAGCAGAUCGUCAUGGCAAGAGCCAAGAGACUGCAGGUACGACUUCAGGUGAGAAUUUUGACCAGAGUCCUUUGAGAAGAACAUUCAAAUCCAAAGUUCUGGCCCACUAUCCUCAGAACAUAGAAUGGAACCCUUUUGAUCAAGAUGCAGUGAACAUGCUGUGCAUGCCUAAAGGGCUGUCUUUCAGAACACAAGCUGACAAUAAAGACCCUCAAUUCCACUCGUUUAUAAUUACCCGGGAAGAUGGUUCUCGCACCUAUGGUUUUGUUCUUACUUUUUAUGAAGAGGUUACAAGUAAGCAAAUCUGUACAGCAAUGCAGACACUGUACCAGAUGCAUAAUGCAGAGCAAUGCAGCAGUGUGUAUGCUUCAUCCUCUUGCAGUAUGGACUCAUUGGCAAGUAGUAUUGAUGAGGGAGAUGCAACUUCUCUUUUGAAACUCCAGCGAUACAACUCUUACGACAUCAACAGAGACACCUUGUAUGUUUCAAAAAGUAUAUGCUUGAUCACACCUCUGCCUUUCAUGCAAGCCUGCAAGAAAUUCCUCCUCCAGCUUUACAAGGCAGUUACUUCGCAGCAGCCACCACCGUUGCCGCUUGAGAGCUACAUCCAUAAUAUUCUCUAUGAGGUACCCCUUCCACCUCCUGGGAGGUCACUGAAAUUUUAUGGUGUUUAUGAACCUGUCAUCUGCCAGAGGCCUGGGCCCAAUGAACUCCCUCUCUCUGACUACCCUCUUCGAGAGGCCUUUGAGCUCCUGGGAUUGGAGAACCUAGUUCAAGUGUUUACCUGUGUUCUUUUAGAGAUGCAGAUCCUUCUGUACUCACAAGAUUAUCAGCGUCUGAUGACUGUGGCAGAAGGCAUUACCACGCUCUUGUUCCCAUUUCAGUGGCAGCAUGUUUAUGUGCCCAUCCUCCCUGCCUCUCUACUGCAUUUUCUUGAUGCCCCUGUCCCUUAUCUGAUGGGUCUUCAAUCAAAAGAAGGAACUGAUCGGUCUAAAUUAGAACUUCCACAAGAGGCCAAUCUGUGCUUCGUGGACAUUGACAACCAUUUUAUUGAAUUGCCCGAAGAAUUUCCACAGUUCCCCAAUAAAGUGGAUCUUAUCCAAGAGCUGUCGGAAGUCCUUCUCCAGUUUGGGAUUCCUCCUGAGGGAAGCCUGCAUUGUAGUGAGAGUGCCACCAAACUGAAGAAUAUGGUUCUGAAAGAUUUGGUUAAUGACAAAAAGAACGGCAAUGUCCCCACCAAUAACAUUAGCAUGUAUGAGUUAAUGAAGGGCAACGAAACCAUAGCCCGCCUCCAGGCUCUUGCUGAUAGGACUGGUGUGACUGUGGAAAAAAUGGACCUCUCGGCUUCUCUGAGUGAAAAAGAAAAGGAUUUAAAAUUACAGUGUGAAGAGGCAGAAUUGAGGGACUACCAGCUCAACAUACAACUGCGAGAGGUCUUUGCCAGCCGCUUUAUACAGAUGUUUGCAGAUUAUGAAGCAUUUGUAAUUCAGACUGCCCAGGACAUGGAGUCCUGGCUGACCAACCGGGAACAGAUGCAGAAUUUUGACAAAGCUUCUUUCCUCUCCGACCAGCCUGAGCCUUACCUGCCAUUUCUUUCACGCUUCAUUGAAACACAGAUGUUUGCCACCUUUAUUGAUAACAAAAUCAUGUCUCAGUGGGAAGAGAAAGACCCUCUGCUUCGGGUCUUUGAUUCUCGGAUUGAAAAGAUAAGAUUGUAUAAUGUAAGGGCACCUACACCCACCCUGCGGACAUCUAUAUAUCAGAAAUGCAGCAGUUUAAAAGAAGCAGCCCAGUCAAUUGAACAAAGACUGAUGAAAAUGGACCAUACUGCAAUUCACCCACAUCUACUUGAUAUGAAAAUUGGUCAAGGCAAAUAUGAGCAAGGGUUCUUUCCAAAGUUACAGUCUGAUGUCUUGGCAACAGGACCAGCCAAUAACAAUCGCUGGGUGAGUCGCAGUGCCACAGCACAGCGCCGGAAAGAACGGCUACGUCAACAUUCUGAACACGUUGGACUGGACAAUGACUUACGGGAGAAAUAUAUGCAAGAGGCACGAAGCUUAGGAAAAAACAUGAGGCAACCAAAACUGUCAGAUCUCUCACCUGCUGUGAUUGCGCAAACUAACUGGAAAUUUGUAGAAGGCCUACUAAAAGAAUGCAGAAUGAAGACAAAACGCAUGCUGGUAGAGAAGAUGGGACAUGAAGCAGUGGAACUGGGCCAUGGAGAAGCAAACAUCACUGGCUUGGAAGAGAAUACUUUGAUCGCCAGCCUCUGUGACCUGCUGGAGAGGAUAUGGAGCCAUGGAUUACAGGUCAAGCAGGGGAAGUCUGCCUUGUGGUCACAUCUAAUUCAGUUUCAGGAUAGAGAAGAGAAACAAGAGCAUCUCACAGAUUCACCAGUUGCCCUUGGACCAGAAAGAAGAAAAUCUGACUCAGGAGUUAUGCUACCAACACUCAGGGUCUCUCUUAUUCAAGACAUGAGGCAUGUUCAAAACAUGAGUGAGAUCAAGACUGAUGUUGGCCGAGCCCGGGCAUGGAUAAGAUUGUCUCUAGAAAAGAAGCUUUUGUCUCAGCAUCUCAAGCAGUUGCUUUCUAACCAACCACUGACCAAGAAGCUUUAUAAGCGUUAUGCUUUUCUGCGUUGUGAAGAAGAAAGAGAGCAAUUUCUCUACCAUCUGCUGUCCCUCAACGCUGUGGACUAUUUCUGCUUUACCAGUGUGUUCACCACUAUCAUGAUUCCUUAUAGAUCAGUGAUCAUUCCAAUUAAAAAGCUGAGCAAUGCGAUCAUUACAUCAAACCCGUGGAUUUGUGUUUCAGGAGAGCUAGGAGACACAGGAGUAAUGCAGAUUCCAAAAAACCUACUUGAGAUGACUUUUGAGUGCCAGAACCUGGGAAAGCUCACUACUGUUCAGAUUGGCCAUGAUAACUCUGGACUGUUAGCUAAAUGGCUAGUGGAUUGUGUCAUGGUGAGAAAUGAAAUCACAGGACAUACAUAUAGAUUCCCAUGUGGGCGGUGGCUGGGGAAAGGCAUUGAUGAUGGAAGCCUGGAGAGAAUUCUUAUUGGAGAAUUGAUGGCAUCAGCUUCAGAUGAAGACCUGGGGAAGCAGUGUCGGACUCCACCACAGCAGAAGUCUCCCACAACAACCAGGAGACUGAGUAUUACUUCACUCACAGGAAAGACUGCCAAACCCAAUGCUGGACAGAUCCAGGAAGGAAUUGGAGAAGCUGUGAACAAUAUUGUGAAACAUUUUCACAAACCUGAAAAGGAGAGAGGAAGCCUCACAGUGCUGCUAUGUGGAGAAAAUGGUCUGGUUGCUGCACUGGAACAAGUUUUCCAUCAUGGGUUCAAAUCUGCCCGCAUCUUUCACAAGAAUGUCUUCAUCUGGGACUUUGUAGAGAAAGCAGUGGCUUACUUUGAAACCACUGACCAGAUUUUAGACAGUGAAGAUGACGUGCUCAUUCAGAAAUCACCCUGCAAAGCCUUCUGCCACUAUGUGAAUGCCAUCAACACCGCACCCAGGAACAUUGGGAAGGACGGCAAGUUCCAGAUUCUAGUUUGCCUUGGAACAAGGGAUCACCUGCUCCCACAGUGGAUUCCAUUGCUAGCAGAAUGUCCUGCCAUCACCCGAAUGUAUGAAGAGAGUGCACUUCUUCGAGACCACAUGACUGUCAACUCCCUUAUUCGAAUUCUGCAGACCAUUCAGGAUUUCACCAUAGUCUUGGAAGGGUCUCUAAUCAAAGGAGUUGAUGUAUAAACCAGCUGACAGAAACUCUUCAUCCUCCCCCCGGCUCCUGAACCUUCCCCAAUUAUGGGACCUAUUUGGACUGGUCUGACAUUAGUGAGCACUGCCUGGGCAGUGCACUAGAAGCUCAGUUUGAACAAUCUCCACUCUGCACACACGGCAAAGUGCUGUAUUGUAGUUCAUUUGAACCUGAAAUUUAGUAUAAAACAGAGUAUUUUCAUGUGUUAGAUGUGUGUAAAUAUGCUAUCUUUAAGAAAUUAUAUUACUCUAAUAAGAUACUUUUCUUAGAUUGAAUAUUCCUGUGACUUAAAAUAAGUAGCUUAAAAACAUUGGGGGUGGGGAGAGUGGUGCUAGUCAGGAAGAAGCCAGUAAAUAUGUAAAUAGGGCAACCCAUCAGGCUUCUUUUUCCCUCCAGGUAUCACAAAGGAACCCAGAAAGCAUUCUGAAGCGGCCAUCCUUCCUGGAGUUCCAUCCUAUAUGUGGUGAAUGUAUACAGCUUUACAUACUGUACAGUAGUCCUCAUUGUACCUUUAUAAAUCGUUUAAUUCGUGAAUUAUGAGUCACUUCUCCAGUUUGGGGAAAGUUUUUCAAUUGGUACAAGUAAAAGAUAGAAUUAAAGUAUUUUAAAUACCAGACCCCAGCAGGGCUUGGUGGCUCCCACCUUUAAUCCCAGCACUGGGGAGGCAGAGGCAGGUGGAUCUUUCUGA